AGCCACAGCGUGGACCUCACGGCGCUGGGGAAGCACGGGGAGGUCUACACAGAGGGUAGGGCCCCUGCCCCUUGCCUGCAACACAGGCGAGUGCAUGCCUGGUGCCCAGCUGCACCUGCGCCAGGCUGGGCUUUGGCACCCUCUUACCCUACCAGGGCCCUUCGCCUGCCUGGCCUGGUCCCACGCAGAGACGCAGCUGCUCUACGUGGCUGAGAAGAGUCGGCCCAAACCACAGCCCGCCUGCCCCUGGGAUGUGCCGGGAGCCACCAGGCUAGCAGAGGAGGAUGAGGAUGAGGAGGGUGAGCAGUUCGUGUACUGCGAUAACUGGGGGGAGGCGCUGAGCACCCGCAGCGUGCCCGUCCUCUGCAUCCUGGACAUGGAGGGCAGCAGCGUCUCAGUGCUGGAGGGCAUCCCGGAGCACCUCUCCCCUGGCCAGGCCCUGUGGUCCCCGGAUGAUCGUGGUGUGGUGUUCGUGGGCUGGUGGCAUGAGCCCUUCCGCCUGGGGCUGAGUGCCUGCUCCAACAGGAGGUCAGGAAUUUUCCACUUGGACCUGGCCAGUGGGCACUGUGAGCUGCUGUCGGCUGAGCACGCUGCCGCCUGCUCCCCCCGGCUGAGCCCCGAUGGCCGGCGCCUGCUCUACCUGGAGGGGUGCCUGGGGGGGCCCCACCGGCAGUGCCUGCGCCUGCGCAUGCUCACCUGGCUGACAAAGCAGACGGUGACGGUGCUUGAUGUGGUGCAGGAGCCCACAGAGGCCUUUGCCGGGCUCUACGGGGAGGCGCUGCCGCUGCGGUGCUGGGCAGCCGACAGCCGACGAGCCGUGCUGAGCACCCCGCAGCGGAGCCGCACGGACCUGCUGCUCGUGGACACGGAGGCGACCACUGUAACCAACCUGACAGCAGGGUCACCUGAAGGGUGCUGGGAGCUGCUCACCCUCCAGUGGGACUUGCUGGUGGCCACCUGCUCGGCCCCGCAUCGCCCCCCAAACCUGGUGGUGUCGGUGCUGCCGCCGGCUGGCCGGGAGCUGCCCCUCUGCUGGGUGCCGGUGGAGAACACCCCAACGCUGCCCGGUGUCACCUGGAAGACCCUGACAGUCUGGCCGCCCUGCAGCAGGCAGAGCCCCACCGCACAUGGAGCCCAGGCCUUUGAGGCCCUGCUGCUGAGCCCGCCGGACAGCACUGCACCGCACCCCCUAGUCGUGUGUCCUCACGGUGGCCCCCACGCCGUCUUUGAUGCCCGCUGGCGCCCGAGCAUGGCUGCGCUGUGCCGCCUGGGCUUCGCCGUGCUCCUGGUGAACUACCGCGGCUCCCUGGGCUUCGGCCAGGCCAGCAUCAGCUCUCUGCUCUCCUGCGUGGGUGAGCAGGACGUGGAGGACACCCAGCUGGCGGUGGAGCAGGUGCUGCGCAGUGAGCCCCUGGACCCGCACCGCCUAGCCCUGCUGGCUGGCUCCCACGGAGCCUUCAUUGCCCUCCACCUCCUCACCCGUGAGCCUGACCGCUACCAUGCCUGCGCCCUGCGCAGCCCCGUUUCCAACCUGCUGGCACUGCUGGGCACCUCCGACAUCCCCGACUGGCGCUAUGCCUCCCUGGGGCUGCCCUACUCCUUCGAGCGGGUGCCCCGCGUCGAGGAGGUGGCCACCAUGCUGCUGCGCUCGCCCAUCGCCCAGGCGGCCCAGGUGCGGACACCAGUGUUGCUGUGCGUGGGCGCCCGGGACCGGCGCGUCAGCCCCACGCAGGCGCUGGAGCUGUACCGUGUGCUGCGGGCCAGGGGGGUGCCGGCGCGGCUGCUGUGGUACCCGGAUGGCGGCCACGCGCUGGCUGGUGUGGAGACAGAGGUCAACGUCUUCGUGAACUGCGCCCGCUGGCUCCUCCGGCACCUGGGGCAGCCCCGGUGGGGUGUGACGGGACAGCACAGCUCCUAGCACCCGUGGUGGCCCGGUGGCUGUGCCAGCCCCAGGGCGACCACUGGCCCUGGGACCACCCCAGGCCCAGAGGUGGAUGGAGCAAGCAUAGCCAGCGGCAGGAUGGGACGUGGGCUGGGGUGUGGGGCUAAAUAAAUGUGUGAG